CACCCGGCCCAGAGCACAGCUUUCACGGCCUCUGAGAGCCUGCCGGCCUUUUCCCUUGCAGAGCAUUUCCCAGGACACCAGCUGCUCAAGGCCCACGAUGGAUGCCCUGAGACUGGCAAAUUCGGCUUUUGCUGUUGACUUGUUCAAACAGCUAUGUGAAAAGGAGCCAGCGGGAAACAUCCUCUUCUCUCCAAUAUGUCUCUCCACCUCCCUGUCACUCGCUCAAGUAGGUGCCAAAGGUGACACAGCAAAUGAAAUUGGACAGGUCCUUCAUUUUGAGAAUGUCAAAGAUGUACCCUUUGGGUUUCAAACAGUCACUUCUGAUGUUAAUAAGCUCAGUUCAUUUUACUCUUUGAAACUAAUCAAGCGACUCUACAUAGACAAAUCUCUGAACCCUUCUACGGAAUUUAUCAGUUCUACAAAAAGACCAUAUGCAAAAGAAUUGGAAACUGUCGACUUCAAAGAGAAACUGGAAGAAACUAAAGGUCAAAUUAACAGCUCUCUCAAGGAACUCACAGAUGGCCACUUUGAGAACAUUUUAUCGGAGAACAGUAUAAGUGACCAGACCAAAAUCCUUGUGGUUAAUGCUGCCUACUUUGUUGGAAAGUGGAUGAAGAAAUUUCCUGAAUCAGAAACAAGAGAAUGUCCAUUCAGAGUCAACAAGACAGACACCAAACCGGUACAAAUGAUGAAUCUCGAAGCCACGUUCUGUUUGGGCAACAUUGAUGACAUCAACUCUAAGAUCAUAGAACUUCCCUUCCAGAAUAAGCAUCUCAGUAUGCUCAUCGUGCUCCCCAAGGAUGUGGAAGACGAGUCCACAGGCCUAGAAAAGAUUGAAAAACAACUCAACCCAGAAACACUGUUGCAGUGGACCAACCCCAGCACCAUGGCCAAUGCCAAAAUCAAACUCUCCCUCCCAAAGUUUAAGGUGGAAAAGAUAAUUGAUCCCAAGGCUAGUCUGGAAAGCCUGGGGCUGAAAAGUCUCUUCAAUGAAAAUACAUCUGACUUCUCUGGCAUGUCAGAGACCAAGGGAGUGGCCCUAUCAAGUGUGAUUCACAGGGUAUGCCUAGAAAUAACUGAGGAUGGUGGCGAGUCCAUCGAGGUGCCAGGAUCCCGGAUCUUACAGCACAAGGAUGACUUCAAUGCUGACCACCCAUUUAUCUACAUCAUUCGACACAACAAAACACGAAACAUCAUUUUCUUUGGCAAAUUCUGUUCUCCUUAAGUGGCAAGGCCCUGCAAAGUCUCAGGUAACUUGUCUGUGGUUUCAGAUCUCUGUAAACUUUGUAUGCAGACAACCACUUUCUAUACAAUAAAUUGUUAAUUUUGCUGAA